AUGCUUCUGCUGCGACGUUUGCAGAUCCCACCACAUCUCGCGCGGGAUGUGUACUCAAACGAAGUCUACGCUAGUUUGGCUACAACGCUGGAUCCGUGGUUGAUGGAAUACGGCGUGACGCGGCUGUCACGGUUGUUCGAUUGCCUUGAGGACAUGCAUGCCAUCAUGCUCCAUCAUGCUGCGUACUCAGGUCGCGUGGACGUCGUAGAAGUUGAGAUUCGUGUCCGUGGAGUGUCUACUGCCAUGACGAUGUUGAUGAUCGACUUGGCUGCGUGGAACAACCAACGCCUGGUCCUUGACUUCUUCCAGCAGCAUCCGCAUGCCAUCGGCUGGACAUGCUCGUCGUUUGCAUUGGUCGCGGCAGCCCGAAAUGGCCAUACAGACAUUAUUAUGCAAUUCCUCCACGGCCAGUUUCCAUCGGUGCCAUCGACCGAAGACGCCAUGGACAUGGCUGUAGAAGGAGGACAUUUCAACAUGGUGGAAUUUCUACAUGUCCACUGA